AUGGAGCGGGCCCUGCGUGGAGUGCGGUUCCAGUUUUCGGGUACUCCACAAAAGCGCGGAUUCGGUUGCGCCUGCGUUUUGUGCCUUCCCCGGCCUGAGCGGUUCAGGCAGCCAGAGGCUUGGGCGUACUCUCCCUGGGUGCGGCACGCCUUUUCCCUCCGCGUCGAGCGGCCCAGGCAGCCAGAGGCCUGGGCGCACUCUCCCUGGGUGCGGCGCGCCUUUUCCCUCCGCGUCGAGCGGCUCAGGCAGCCAGAGGCUUGGGCGCACUCUCUCCGGAUGCGGCGCGCCUUUUCCCUCCGCGGCGAGCGGCUCAGGCAGCCAGAGGCUUGGGCGCACUCUCCCCGGGUGUGGCGCGCCUUUUCCCUCCACGGCGAGCGGCUCAGGCAGCCAGAGGCUUGGGCGCAAUCUCCCCGGGUACGGCGCACUUUUUCCCUACGCGGGGCCGGCGCACUUUUUCUCCCUACGCGGGGCCGGCGCACUUUUUCUCCCUACGCGGGGCCGGCGCACUUUUUCUCCCUACGCGGGGCCGGCGCACUUUUUCUCCCUACGCGGCCCCGGCGCACUUUUUCUCCCUACGCGGGGCCGGCGCACUUUUUCUCCCUACGCGGCGUCGGCGCACUUUUUCUCCCUACGCGGCGUCGGCGCACUUUUUCUCCCUACGCGGCCCCGGCGCACUUUUUCUCCCUACGCGGCCUCGGCGCACUUUUUCUCCCUACGCGGCCCCGGCGCACUUUUUCUCCCUACGCGGCCCCGGCGCACUUUUUCUCCCUACGCGGCCCCGGCGCACUUUUUCUCCCUACGCGGCUCCGGCGCGCUUUUUCCCUUCGCGGCUCCGGCGCGCUUUUUCCCUACGCGGCCCCAGCGCGCACCGCCAGUCGGGUCUCAGGAAGUCUUUAG